AUUCUUAAAAAAAAUGGCUCCUCUUCUUACACCUGACAUCACUUCUAACGUCCAAUGGAUCGCUCAAAUGAACGUUGACGUUGAGCCUACUCAUGGACGUAAGACUUCCAUCAUCUGUACUAUUGGCCCUAAAACAAAUAGCGUUGACUCCAUUACCGAACUUCGAAACGCUGGUUUAAAUGUCGUCCGUAUGAACUUUUCCCAUGGUUCUUAUGAAUAUCAUCAGUCUGUCAUCGAAAACACUCGUAAAAGUGUCGAGCUCUAUCCUGGCCGUCCAGUAGCUAUUGCCCUUGACACAAAGGGUCCCGAAAUCCGUACGGGUAACAUGAAGGAUAAUGCUGAGAUCCCAGUUACGAUUGGACACGAAAUGACAUUUAGCGUUGAUGACCAAUACAUGAAUGAAGGAACGGACGAAGUGAUCUAUAUUGAUUACAAGAACCUACCCAAGGUGAUUGAAGUAGGCAAGAAGGUCUUUAUUGAUGAUGGUGUCUUGUCCUUUGAAGUAUUAGAGGUAAACGAGGACAACAUCCGCGUUGUUGCAAAGAACAACGGUAAGCUCUGUUCUCGUAAAGGUGUUAACCUGCCCAACACGCCUGUUGACCUUCCUGCCUUGUCUGAGAAGGAUGUUGCUGACUUGAGGUUUGGCGUUGAACAAAAGGUCGACUUCAUUUUUGCUUCCUUUAUUCGUCGUGGUCAAGAUAUCCGUGAUAUCCGCCAUGUCUUGGGUGAGGAUGGCAAGAAUAUCAAGAUUAUAGCCAAAAUUGAAAACCAUCAAGGUGUUGAAAACUUUGAUGAUAUUGUCGCUGAAACAGAUGGUGUCAUGGUUGCUCGUGGGGAUAUGGGUAUCGAAAUCCCUCUUGAACGUGUCUUUAUUGCUCAAAAGAUGAUGAUCACCAAGUGCAAUCUGGCUGGCAAGCCUGUUAUCUGUGCCACUCAGAUGUUGGAAUCCAUGACAUAUAAUCCAAGGCCAACUCGUGCUGAAGUGUCUGACGUGGCUAAUGCAGUUCUUGAUGGUGCUGACUGUGUCAUGCUUUCUGGCGAAACCGCUAAAGGUAAUUAUCCGAUAGAGGCCGUCAAGACAAUGCACGAUAUUUGUAAGCUGGCAGAAUCCGUGAUUUGCUAUCCUGCACUUUUCAAUGAACUUCGCAGCCUUACGGCUUUACCAACAGAGACGACAGAGACAGUUGCCUGUGCAGCUGUUGCUGCUGCCCAUGAACAAAAUGCAGGCUGUAUUAUUGUAUUGACAACUUCUGGCAAAUCGGCGCGUUUGAUAUCCAAAUACAAGCCUCAUGCACCCAUUGUUGUCGUUACACGUAACCCUCAAACUGCUCGGCAAAUCCAUCUCUACAGAGGCUGCUUCCCUUUCCAUUAUCCCAAAGCUUCAUCAGCCAUCACUCCUCGUUUGACCACCUCACAAACACUUUUGAGUCCCGCUGAAAAUGCUCCUUGGCAAGAAGAUGUUGACCAUAGAAUUAGAUGGGGCAUGGAGCAGGCUAUGAAGUAUGGUUUACUAACUCCUGGUGAGCCCGUCGUUGCUGUCCAAGGAUGGAAAGGCGGCCUUGGUAACACGAAUACCCUUCGUAUUAUUUAUGCCCCAACACCUUAAAAAAGAAUAUAUUUUUGUCAUAUUCAC